AUGGUUCGAGAGAGCGCAAGACUAAAGAAGAAGGCGGCUGACGAAGCUGCUGCUGCGAAUACGACUCCGCAAGUUCUUCUCGUCAAUCCCACUCUCCUAGCAAACUGGCCCGCUCAUCCGACGACGCCAGCAGAGUUCAAUGCAUGGAUGGUCGAAACCAAGGCUGCGCUGCUGAAAUGGCUGAACGAAGCCGCUGCGCAGGCUCGAGAUCCAGAUAUUAAGGAUAAGAUCGACCAUUACGAGAAGGAAGCUAGGGAACGAUGGCAACCAUUCGAAGAGCAGACUGAUGUAGAGACGGGCGAAAUCCACGAUCCAAUACGGCGCGCGGUUAUGGAAGAAGCUGUGAUUGCAGAGAGGAAGAACUGCUCAGAACUACACAAAACACACGAGACAUGGAGGAAAUUUGUUGAGUAUCGGCAUGCGCUACAAGCUUGGGAGGACUUAUUGUACUACCAAAAUGUGUGGAAUAGAAGGUAUUAUGUACCCGGGAAGAUAUACUCAGAAGACCCGAAAGGGAAAAAGGGCCCAGCAUCACUAGAGACAUCCAACGAGAAAGCCAAAGGAGAGGGCGACAAGCCAGGAGAAAAAGCCGCCAAAAAGCCCAAAGCCAAAUCCAAAUCUCAAGACGCCCCCGUGACAGGUACCCCAAAGCAAGAAAGCACGAACCGAACAGAUAUCAAUUUCCACAACCAGCCCUUCGAGGGUAUCUAUAACGGUUGGGUAUGGAACAUAAUCGCCCUGUACCAGCAAGCUCGUCUCGGUUAUCGUAAGCGCAUCCCCGCUGUUGUAGCCCCCCAGGAUGCGCAUCGAUACUCUCAGCCGCCCCGUGGUACCAUACCACAAAACACACCAAGCUAUCAACAUCGGCAUCGCCACCUGGAAGAGCGAUUUCCUCGCAGAAAAAGGCGACAGAUUGAUAUCAACGAGGUCGAAGAACGGUGUCGCAGAAAAGCGGAGCGUAAGCUUGAUAUCCGACUCGAAAGAACCCGUAGGAUGCAACCGAUCACAUGGAGCAUCGACGAAAAAGCCUACGAAAUCAUGAAAGCCGAGAAGGAGAAGGAAUUCAUCAUAAACCUACUGACCACAAAUCUCCUACCCGAAGACCACAAAACCCACCACGGCAGUCUAGAAACAAGUUUCAACUGGCCCACAUCCUUCGACACCCCCGUCUCCACCAUCCUCAAGACCACAAAAACGCGAGACCACGUCUACGAACCUCUCAGCGACCCCGAGCACGACCCCUCCGACCCCAAAAGCAGAAAGAGGUUUCUGGGCUACAAGAAAGACGAAAACGGAGAGCGUAUCAAGAAAAUCGAUAGCCGACCACACUACCAGCGCGAAACAAUCAUGCAAGAAGGACUCGUCUUCGAACACCAAAUGCGCGCGGAUGGCACAGUAAAAGGCCGGGACCGCAACGGCGAAUGGAUUGGAGAUUGGGUACCGGGUCAGAUAGCUACCCCCGUUUGGGUUUACGACGAAGACGGUGAGCGUAUCCGUUUACCACCGCGAUAUGAAUCGAGGAACAGAUUUUCUACUUUCCUGGUCAAGGAAUCUCAUAUUAGGGAGACGCGGCGCCAGCGACAUGAAGAUGCAGAAAGGGAGUAUGAGUUAUCGGAUGAUGAGGAUGAGGGAUGUGUGAAAUCGAAUGCCAACUUUUCGAGAUCGGGGAACCUGAACCCCGAUUUGUUGAGUAACCCUUGGGCUUCGAAUUUUGAUAGUGACGGAGAAGGCGAAGGUGUUGGCCAUCCUGGUGAUAGCGAUGAUGACGAGAGUGACGAUGAUGGAGACUUAUUUGCGGAGUCGUAUAGAGAAUGCUCAGAGAGUCCUGCGACGAGGCAAGCGCGGUUGUUGUUGGAGGAUCUGCGAGAGAGGUUUGGUGUGCUUGAGAGCUGGACUGUGGAAACUGUUAGGGAUUUGCAACGGCAUGGUGAUGAUGGUUCCGUGGUUGUUGGAGAUGAAGAGAUUAUAGAUUGGUAUAAGAGCAACGCGGAGGGGUCGUAG